CUGCUGACUGUGUGUUGGUGCCCCGCUGUUUCUGCCCUGUGUCCUGCGUGGAUUUACAUACCCUGAUUUCCGUGGGACUGGGAAGCGAAAGAGGAGGGUGUUGCGCCUUUCAGGAACUGAGGCGAGCAGCCGCAAGCAGUCUUAACUAACUUCACAGAUUAGCAGCUUGUAGCCCCGCCGCUGCCUCCGCUGGGAUAACGUUAACUUUUCUCCGCUUCCUCCGACCCUCCCAGCUUCCCUCUUCGGACUUGCAUUGUUGUUAUUUGUUUGUCUCUGUCGGAGAAGACGGGAAGCGGCUCGAGUUGAACCCGGUUUGAAGGGCUGUGGCCAUGGCCGGGGGAGGAGGAGGCGGAGGCGGAGGGGUUUCUCCGCUGGGGCCCGCUCCGCCGAUGUGGUACCACCGGGAUCUUAGCCGCGCGGCGGCCGAGGAGCUGUUGGCCCGGGCGGGGAGAGACGGCAGCUUUCUGGUGCGGGACAGCGAGAGUGUCAACGGUGCUUACGCGUUGUGUGUGCUGUUUCAGAAGCACGUCCACACCUACAGAAUCCUCCCAGACGAGGAGGGUUUUCUGGCCGUGCAGACGUCCCAGGGCGUUCAGCCGAAGCGGUUUAAGACGCUACCGGAGCUGGUGUCUCUGUACCUGCAGCCCAACCAGGGCCUGGUCACAACCCUGCUUUACGCCGUGGACAGGGAGGAGACGGCCGUCACUGAUGACAGGGACUACUCAGACGGAGAGGAUGAGAAGCCGCCCCUCCCCCCUCGCUCUGCCUCCACCUCCACUCCCCCUGGACCUGAAACGCCUACAGAAAGCACUCUGGCAGCUAACGGCCUGAGCACCAUUUCCCACGAGUACCUGAAGGGCAGCUAUGCGCUGGACCUUGAGGCCGUCAAGCAGGGAGCGUCCUCCCUGCCCCAUCUCAACAAGACACUCGUGGCCUCCUGCAAACGUCUCAAUGGGGAGGUGGAUAAAGUUCUGUCUGGUCUGGAGAUCCUCUCUAAAGUGUUUGACCAGCAGAGUGCUUUUAUGGUCACUAAGAUGAUCCAACAGUCGGUGAAUCAGGGAGGAGACCAGGAGCUGGAGAACUUGGUGACCAAGUUGGCCAUUCUCAGAGAUCUGCUGUCCUCCAUAGAAAAGAAGGCUCUGAAAGCUCUGCAGGACAUGAGUUUGUCCUCACCGUGCUCCCCUCCGCCUUUCUCCAUGCGCCACAGCAAAGCCAUUCCUGUGCAGGCCUUUGAGGUGAAGCUGGAUGUUUACCUGGCGGAGCUGACAAAGAUAGGAAAGAGUCAAAAAUACACUUUGUCUGUGGAUGUCGAGGGAGGGCGGCUGGUGGUGAUGAAGAAGGUGAAGGACAACCAGGAGGACUGGACCACCUUCACACACGACAAAAUCCGUCAGCUGAUCAAAUCCCAGAGGGUUCAGAACAAGCUGGGUAUUGUGUUUGAGAAGGAGAAGGACAAGAGUCAGAGGAAAGACUUCAUCUUUGCCAGCGCCAAGAAGCGGGAGGCAUUUUGCCAGCUGCUGCAGCUCAUGAAGAACAAACAUUCCAACCAGGAUGAGCCUGAUAUGAUUUCCAUCUUUAUUGGCACCUGGAAUAUGGGCUCGGUACCGUCACCUAAAUCUGUGGCUUCCUGGGUGCUGUGCCGCGGCCUGGGGAAAACUCUGGACGAGAUGACCGUCACCAUUCCCCAUGACCUUUACGUGUUCGGAUCGCAGGAGAACUCGGUGUGUGAUCGGGAGUGGGUGGAGUCGCUCCGAGCCGUGCUGAAGGAGCAGACGGAGCUGGAUUACAAACCGAUCGCCGUGCAGACGCUGUGGAGCAUAAAACUUGCUGUGUUGGUGAAACCUGAACAUGAAAACAGGAUCAGCCAUGUGGGGAUGUCCAGCGUUAAGACAGGAAUCGCUAACACAUUGGGCAACAAAGGUGCGGUUGGCGUGUCGUUCAUGUUCAACGGGACGUCAUUUGGAUUCGUCAACUGUCAUCUGACGUCAGGCAAUGAGAAGAUUGCUAGGAGAAACCAGAACUAUCUGGACAUCCUUCGGCUGCUGUCUCUAGGAGACAAACAGCUGAGCUCCUUCGACAUCUCGCUGCGCUUCACACACCUGUUUUGGCUCGGAGACCUCAACUACAGACUGGAUAUGGAUAUUCAGGAAAUUUUAAAUUACAUUAACAGGAAGGAAUUUGAGCCUCUGCUCAAAGUGGACCAGCUCAACCUGGAGAGAGAGAAGAAUAAAGUGUUUUUACGCUUUGCUGAGGAGGAGAUCUCGUUCCCUCCCACCUACCGUUACGAACGGGGCUCCAGGGACACGUACGUGUGGCAGAAGCAGAAAGCUACAGGGAUGAGGACCAAUGUGCCGUCGUGGUGUGACCGGAUCCUGUGGAAGUCAUAUCCAGAAACACACAUUGUUUGCAACUCCUAUGGCUGUACGGAUGAUAUUGUGACCAGUGACCAUUCCCCGGUGUUUGGCACAUUUGAGGUUGGAGUGACAUCUCAGUUUGUCUCCAAGAAAGGUCUACCAAAGUCUUCAGAGCAGGCCUACAUCGAGUUUGAGAGCAUUGAGGCCAUUGUGAAGACGGCAAGCCGGACUAAGUUCUUCAUAGAGUUUUACUCCACCUGUCUGGAAGAGUUCAAGAAGAGCUACGAGAACGACAGCCAGAGCAGCGACAAUGUGAACUUCCUGCGUGUGGGCUGGUCCAACAAGCAGCUCACCACGCUCAAACCGCUCCUGUCGGAAAUCGAGUACCUGCAGGACCAACACCUGCUGCUGACCGUCAAAUCGGUGGACGGAUACGAGUCCUAUGGAGAGUGUGUGUUGGCCCUUAAGUCAAUGAUUGGCAGCACAGCCCAGCAGUUCCACACCUACCUGUCCCACCGAGGAGAAGAAACAGGAAACAUCCGGGGGUCCAUGAGGGUCAGGGUCCCAGCUGAACGGAUGGGCACCAGGGAGCGACUGUAUGAGUGGAUCAGCGUGGACCAAGACGAGACAAGCGGACCCAAAGGGAAAUCCACCAUGGUGUCCAGAGUGGGACACGAGUAUGUGAAACAGUCCGUGGUUCGUAAACAGCUGGGAGAGCUGGGGAAGGUCAACGAGGAGGGAGAAAAAAACUGCAAGGAGGAAAAUGCUGCAAGAUCCAAACAGGACACGCCAGACGGUGAUUCAUCGAUCGGCAAAAACAGCUUCAACAAUCCGGCCUACUACAUCCUGGAGGGCGUUCCACACCCAUCAGCUGCUGAGCUCCUCUCGUCUCCUACCUCUCCGACCGCCCUGCCCGUUAAAGCCCCGCCUCCCUCAGCUGGGACUCGAACCAAACCUCCUCCUGCAGCCUCUGGACCCGCUCACUCCCGCAGAACUGUGGCAGGACACCCAUCCCGCGGAGUCAGUGAGGAGAGCUCCUCGGAGGAUGACGGAGGCGCUGCCCUGGCUGGCGCUCAAGGUGGAGGAAUCGGAGGAACAGUUGGGAGCACCCUGAAUCGCCCGCCUCCCGACUUCCCUCCUCCUCCUCUCCCUAAGGGAGCCCUGGAGACGGCGGCGGAGGCCCAACUCAGCAAGCCUCGCUCCCUCUACCCGGACCUGGCCGAGGUCAGGAUCCCGCCGGCCGGUCCCGCGGGGCCUCUGGUCAUGGGAGACGGUUUCAGGCGAGGGGCGGCCGGGGCGUUGGACGAUCAGUCGUGCUCUGUGCUGCAGAUGGCAAAGACUCUGAGUGAGAGUGAGUUUCCUGGACAACCGCCCCGCGCUCCCUCGGCGCCACCCCCAGUUCGAGUGCCAACGAUCGGUAUCCUAGAUGCCUGCCGCACUUUCCCACCCAGGAACCCCAUCCCAGAGAGCAUAGCAGAGGACAUGCCAGAGGAGGCACUGUGGGGCAGCAGUAGCUCAUCUUUGUCUGUGGGAGAGUCGUCGGUGGGCGAGUGGCUGCAGAGACUGGGACUGGAGAGAUACGAGCCGGGGCUUCUGCACAACGGCUGGGACGAUCUGGAGUUCCUCAGUGACAUCACCGAGGAGGACCUGGAGGAGGCCGGGGUCCUGGAUCCUGCUCACAAGCAGAUCCUGCUGGAGAGCCUCAGGCAGCAGCAGCAGCAGCAGAAAUGAGCUGCUGCAGACUGGACUUUGACCCGUCCAAACCGGCGGCCCCCAAGAGGCCGACUCUCAGCUGAACCGACCCGAUCCGAGCUGGAACCUGCUAACUGAUGCCAGACCGUGCCUUCUGAGAGAAAAUUGCACUCCAUUUGUAAUUUCAAGAACAUUUGCUGACCCAACGUCCUCUUUCAUUUGUACUGUAUGUGUGUUGUUAUUGUUAUAGGUGUGGCCUUAUUUAAGUACUUCAGUCCUCGGAGCAUCACUACAGAACCCCUUGCUGUAAAUGCAAUGUUUUUUGACAGAGUAACAAAGGUAAAACUGAUGCGUGGGGAGGUGCAAUCUGUGUGCUGUGACAUCAGAUCUGACCUGUAGCUGCAAGCACAUUUCUUUUACUUUUUUCAUUUUUUUGAGAACUGGAUUCUUUGAGGAUUCAUUCAAAUUGGGCACAUUUGAGAAUUUCAAAGCCUAAUUUUUGGAAAUGAAAGUUUGUUGAGUGUUUGAAGGUUCUGUGAUGUGGAUGAACGGGGUGCAGCGGCAGAAAGGAAGCUAGCUAGGUGAAUUUUGAGCGAUCUGAGCUAACUUUUUCAAAUCAGAUCGGGUAUUUUGUAAUGAUGUCUGGGCUGCAGUUUAUGUGGUUUAUGGCCGGUAGUGAGUGUCGCUGCAUGUAUUUAUAUGUUUAUUUUUUAUUAUAAAGGGAAUUUUCAGCUAACCAAAUUGAUCCAUAUAAAGCUGGAACUGUGUAUUUUCACCUUGAUGCAGCAUUUUUGUCAUACCGUUCUUGCACAACUGAUGUCGUCAUUUUGACAGUACUGGAAAGAAGUUCCUUAUAGCGUAAAUGUUUUAUUUUCCCACAGACGCUGAUAUGCAAGUUCUGAACAAUUCCUGUAAAAGUGAGCAAGGCUAUGCAUUUCAAGUCAUGAAUGCUGCACUGAGCUCUGAUGAGACUGAAUAUUACAUCUUUUAUUUAAGCCUCAAUUUUCUGAGUCUGCAUUUGUGUCAUUAGUGCUAGAUUUUUAUUUGUUUAAUGUCAUGUUUGAAAUGCCACAGCGUUCAGGGAGUUGGUUAACACACCAGGGUGUAAUUACAGGAACAGAUUUAAUAAACCAUCACACUGCUGAUUGUGUCGUACUAUGGUUAAGAGAUGGUUUUAUGGUUUUAUUCUCAUAGUCUCAGAUGUUUCUGUAUUUUAGGGCCAUAUUUUGUGCUCAUAGGAAUUGUUCCCCUCGAACACUUUGCACAUAUUGUGCUCCCUAAUUUGCCCAGCAGGUGGUGCUGUUUCUCGCUGAAACGGCCUGUAUAGACGCUAGUCCUUGAAAUGUUUUUACACGUUAGCCAGCGGUUUUCCAUGGACCUCUUUAGUUUUAAGUAACGCGCUACACUAUUUUUAUAGAAUCACACUAUGCUAUUUAUGGUCAUAUUAACAGCUUAGAGUGAAAUAAUGUUUGAAGGAAAACUUUAAAUGAGUCCUCUGAUGUAGAAAUCAGUCAUUUGUUUGUGGAAAAACUUUCCCAGUUCGUUGUUCCCAGUGUUCUUCGCCGCCCACAUAUUUCAAACAGCCAAACUGCAAAGCAAAUAUGUCAUUUAAAUGUGUCUAACCUUUUCAGGCCUUUCAGUGUUCUCAUAUUUGUGUGUAUGAAAUGGAGACUUACCCCUGUUAUUAUUCUCCUCCUACACUCCAGUUAUAUGUAGCCUUGUGUUUUGGUUGUACUAAAUUAAUGUAAAUUGUUCACCCUUGUUUUUGUCUUUUCAAUAAAAGUCUGAUAGUUUUCCUUUU